AUGACUGAGCUCUCUCCCACGAAAGAUAUGCCGCCGACCCGAGAGCGUGAACCGAGGAACUGGUCAGUAGACAAACAACUGCAGGUGCCAGGGUUGGAAUCCGAUACCACGCAGGUCGGGAUGGCACUGUGUAGCUCGCAAUUUAGUGUUCCACAGUCGCCCGCGCUCUUGCAACCUGCCGAAGUAGUUGUGCCGAUAGCCAUUGUAGGCAUUGUUGUACUUGUGGAACUGCUGGAGGCAGAGGAAUCUAGCGAGUUGGAUGACGUUGAGUCGGCGGUCGUGAAAGGAGAUGUAGCUUUCGUGGAUGUAGAUAUGAUCGUUACUAUAUCAGAUGGCCCUGUUCUCGUCGUCUCCGUUGGCAAAGAGGGCAGCGUAAUACGUGUCUUAGAGCAUACUGAAGACGGGGAUGGGCUGGAUCUGUUGGAUGCAGAAGGAGUAUAUGUAGACGACUUAGUUGACGUAGACGUGGUGGAAGUAGAUUCUGUUGAUGUAGUCUCAAACGAAGAGAGUAGCGAAGUAGGUUUUUUAGUACAUGCUGAAGACCGGGGUGUGCUGGAUGGGGUAGAUGUUCGAGACGGGGUUGAUGUAGACUUAGUCGACGUAGGCGUGGUAGAUGUAGAUUCUGUUGAUGUAGUCUCAAACGAAGAGAGUAGCGUAGUAGGUUUUUUAGUACAUGCUGAAGACCGGGGUGUGCUGGAUGGGGUUGAUGUUGACGUGGUGGACGUAGACGUGGUGGACGUAGACGUGGUGGACGUAGACGUGGUGGACGUAGACGUGGUGGACGUAGACGUGGUGGACGUAGACGUGGUGGACGUAGACGUGGUGGACGUAGACGUGGUGGACGUAGACGUGGUGGACGUAGACGUGGUGGACGUAGACGUGGUGGACGUAGACGUGGUGGACGUAGACGUGGUGGACGUAGACGUGGUGGACGUAGACGUGGUGGACGUAGACGUGGUGGACGUAGUUUCUGUUGAUGUAGUCCCAGACGAAGUCUCACUUUCGGACGUGGUAGAUUCGGUCUCCGACUUCUUGGACGGUUCAUCAUCAGGUUCAUUUCCAGGGUCCUUGAAGACUCUUCACAUAGCUGACAAUACUAGUCGGAUCAAUCUUAUCAAUCCCUCGCUCAAUACUAUUUCCAAGAUCCUCGACCUGGCUUGUGAUGCAUUUCACUGCGUCGAAAAUGCUGCUGAAGAGACCCCUCUUCAGUCCGCUGCCGCAACCACUGCCACCACCGCCUUUAGAGGAUCCACCACCGCUCAGCUCCUCUUCGUCACGCCUGCCGAAUUUGUGACUGUCUCUUGGCUCGGAGACACCAUUACCCCUGGGGGCAAGGCUGCAUCUGUGACUGUCACCAUGCCGGUAGUCAACGUCCUCGUGCUUGACGAUUCUGUGACUACUACAACCCCAGGAGUAACGAUCACGCCUAGUUGGCUAGACGAAUCUGCAAGGAUGGUCUGA